AUGCCACCAGAUACAAUUGGUCAGAAAACAUCCGAUACAGUUGAUGGACCACCAUCGGAACUCGAUCUUUCAUCUGUCGUAAUUCCAGAGUCUCUGCCUCUAAUCUCGGAACGUCUGGAUAAACUCAGACUUUUGAUAGUGGCCAUAGAAGCGUUCAUAAGCGAACACCAUUCAAUUGUUUCGGCUAACAUCAAACUCCACGAAAGGCUAAGAAAACACAACUCGAUAGAUUCGGUUGUUAAAUUCGAAGUGGAUCCAGAAGGCGACAAAGCUGUAGCUGGCGCUGUGGGAGAUACAUCUCGAGACAAAGAUCUCCAAGACCUCAACGGGUUUUUCAAAGGAAUCCAGACUCAAACCGACAAACUGAUCGUUUCUUUGGAGCAAACUGAAAGUUUAUUCAAAGUUCAACUUAUUCCACAGCUGAAGGAAUUAUUGACUCUACUCGUCAACAAAGAAAAAGAUUUCCGUACUCAAUGGCACAAAAGGGAGAAGGAGUUUCGUUCGACACUACAGGCAACCCGGAAAGAACUUGAACAUUUUGAGUUAUCCAUCAACAAAUUUGACAACCUCCAGGAAGAACAGCGGCCCGAUUUUAGACACGAUCCAUAUCUUAAUAGAAAGAUGCUGUGCUCUCAAGCCGAAAUACAAUUGUCGGCAGAAAGAGACUUUUCCAAUUUCGUGCAAAAAAGCGAAAGUGAUUUACACCUCUUGGAAGUUCACAUCAUGGAGGGCCUCAAGCAGGUUUUCAGUUCUUUUUCGGCUUUCCUGAUUAAGUUUCAUGAUUACUAUAGCCAAGAGCUGUCUGUUCUCAGCAACUAUAUUCAAGCUAUCCCAAACGAACUAGAAUGGGAAAGGUUUGAAAAAACGUAUCGAAAGAGGCUUCACGGGACGAGCGAUGCCGCAAUUCCGCAAAAUUUCAAUUCUCAGUUACCUGCUCAAUCCAAAGGACGACGCAGUCUGGAAACUAUCCAGUUUCCCAAUCAAGACCAUUUCUCGACAGCCCCAAUUUUAGAAGGGGUCUUAUCCAGAAAGGAUAGCAAAUUUUCCUCCAAAUUGGCAGCGCAUUACUAUGUUAUCACGAAAUCAAAGCUUUUCUACGAGUUCCCUUCAAGAAUGUCUUCUGAGUUACAACCAACGCUAGUACUAUUUCUUCCAGAUUGUUCUUUGAAAGAUAUAUCAGAAGGCAGCGCUAUGAGAUUUAAACUUCAGGGCAAAGAUAUGAGUUCUUCCUUUUUGAAGACUUCGAGGACUUUAACUCUGCAGGCAUCAUCAGAGGACGAUUUCAAAACAUGGUUUAACGUUAUCAGUGAGCUAAGCGGUUUGAUGUAUAGCAAUGAGGAUACGCGCGAGAUAGAAUAA